GCUGCUCUGAUGCAUUAGCAUCAGAUGUGAUCCCUGCUGUGACUGUGCUUCUCAGAAUCCUGAACAGAGAAACUGAUGAUGAUCAGGGUAUCAAAACAAUGAAGUCGACCUUAGCUGCAGCUGUGAAGAGGCGCUUCACUGACAUGGAGAAGAUCCCCCUCUACUGCAUUGCAACUCUACUGGAUCCAAGGUACAAAGAUCGUUUUUUCUCAAACGUCAACACUGCCAUGGAUGCCAAAGAAAUGCUGAAGGUGGAGUUGCAGAGUGUGAAUACAGGAGAGCCAAAGGAGAAUCUUGAAGAGCCACCCGCCAGAAGGCUUCGUAUGACACAAGCUAGCAGCAGUCUGGACAGAGUUUUUGAGGAGAUAACGGAAGAACAACAGUCAUCUUCAACAAGCCAUGCCACCCCAGUGGGUGCUGCCAUUCAGUUAGAGACCUACCUUGGAGAGACUACAAUUGCUCGAGAAGAAAACCCACUGCAGUUCUGGGGUGUUAAUAAAAUUCGGUUUCCUGCUUUGGCUAAAAUGUCCCAGAGGUACCUCUCAGCUCCAUGUACCAGUGUAGAAAGUGAGAGACUUUUUAGCUCAGUUUCACACAUCAUAAAUGAAGAAAGAAACAGAUUAAAUGCAGAGAUGUUGCUUUUCAUCAAGAAAAACAUGCCCCUCACUUUCUUAAAAUAG